CUUGGCUUUGAUUCACAAAUUCCAAAUUCAACCUUGGCCUUGCCGUUAGGAUCAUAAUUUCUUGUUUCGAAAAUUGUCUCAGUAUGGGGCUCCUGGCCAAGGUCCGUGUUUACUGGAAAACUAAAAUACGCAAGGUUCGACCGAGUGAGCCAGUUCAGUCUGAGAAUCCAAGCUUGGUACAGUCCAGAUCUGAGAUUUACUUUCAUCCCACGGACGCCUGUCAGUCGCUUCAGCGGGACUUUGACGACGAAUCGGAUGAAGACAACCCUCAUCAGCAUUGUGAAUUGUCCAAGCCAUAGGAUUUCAUUUUAAUAACUUCUUAUGAAGGACUGUGUGUUUCUACGAGAAUAUAUCUAGUAC